UGUGGUCUUGGUGGAUGUGGAAAAACCACCUUAGCAGCUCAAUACGCUUGGAAGCAUAAACCACAAUACGAGGGAAGCGUAUUUUGGUUCUCCAUGGAAGAUGAAGAGAAGUUUGAAAGUUGUGUGAAUGACCUCGCGAUACGUUUAGGACUGAUGAAAAACUCAUCAGAUUUAACAUUGAAACACAUUCUAACAUUUAUAUCGCAGCAAGAAAAGCGGUGGCUAAUGGUUCUUGACAACGUCGACCAGCCACUGCUUUCUGUAAAAAUGCGUAUAGUUUUGAAAGGAAAAUGGAAAAGGGAGACAAAUGGUCACAUAUUGAUAACAACAAGGCGUGAAAAGAAAGAAAUUUGUCAGUGUGUGGAUCUUGAGCCAAAUUGUUGUGUAGAAAUCACCCCUUUCUCUAUCGAAGAAGCAAAAGAGUUUCUCUUGAGUCGUUGCAGCGGUGAAAAUGCUUCAGACCAGGAGGAUACGCUAAAUGAGCUGGUUGAUCUGCUUGGUUGUCUUCCUCUUGCCUUGGAGCAGGCUGGUGCACAUAUUAGAUCUCUUGAGUGCUCUGUAAAAAAAUAUCUGGAACAAUUCAGACUCGAAAGGUUAAAGCUGGUACGCGAGCAUGAGGCAAAUUCCUUGAGCGAGUAUGACUCAACGAAUCGUCUUUCAGUCCACACUACAUGGUUACUGAACUUUGACCACGUGAGGAGCUCAAGAUAUGGAGAAAUUGCAACCAGAUUCGUACAGGCGGCAGCUUUCCUUGAUCCAGAUGAAAUCCAGGAACGACUUAUUAAUACAGAGAUUCUUUUCUCUGACAUUGUUGCUGAAAACAAAACAGAACUCCCCCUCACGAAUAACCAUAUAGUAGAAGUCUUGACCAAGUUUUCACUUUUUCAGAGGAAGUCUGUUGGAUGCAUGAGAGUACAUCGCCUAGUGCAGCAUGUUAUUCGUGGUACAAUGACACCACAAGAAGUCGAAAAAGCAAUAUACAGAACAUUUCAGUUGCUAAAGAAGGCCGCUCAAUCAGCUGGUGAAUCAGCAACAAAUAACUCUCUCUUCUCCAUUAUUCGUAACUGGUUGGCAUUGAAGCGACAUAUUGAGGAACAAGUCAGAGCUACACCGGAUGACUUAUCGGCUAAGAAAUUAGCGAUAUUGAUGAACAGCGGUAAUAGAGAAAUUGUGCUGGAAGUUGCUCGUACUCUAGAGGGGUUAACGCAAACUUUAGAAAACCGUCGUGGACUGUCAGCGUUGCUAGAUACCGACUACGACAGGUGUCUCGAUUGCCCUCAGGAUCACCCUCAAGACCGUCCCCAAGAUCACCCUCAAGACCGUCCCCAGGAUCGCCCUCAGGAUCGCUCUCAGGAGCUUCCUUUGGAUCGCCCCAAGAAUGGUCCUUAG